CCGGCGGCGGUGGUGGUCAUGGCAGCGGUGUGCCCUAUUUCUCCUGUGAGGCCGGCAGACAGCGCCUCUAAUGCCCGCCAAGACUGUAACCUUGACCCGCAGAGCAGCCCGGUUAAUGGCUUGAAUGGCGUGGAGGAGGUGAGCACUUCUGUAACUUCUGGAUUUAUUUACUAAGGGUCUUCUUGCCAACUCGCGAUGUGUGUAAAACUAAUGGAAGCCGUUAUAGUGGGAUAGAGCUUGGGGUGUCGGGGUCUCUGACUCUGUAUGACAAUCCCGGGACAUGGGUUGAAUGGGCAUCAUUACAGACUAUCCCGGGCAGCCCAGCUCUAAGGUUAAAUCGUGAUCCUGCAGCACAUGCCUUACACUGGUAGGGUUUUCUUAUGGAUACAUGACCUCUAACAGUCCAUUGCUGUUGCCCCAGGUUGUCUCAGACUAUGAAUGGCAGUAAAACAGGCUGUGUGGGGCCGCCGGUGGAGUGCCGGGGGCUGUUUUUUUUUUGGUUGUAGUUCAAGCUUUGGGGCUGUUUUCUUGCAGGGCUCUGUGAGAUUUCAGGGCAUUUAAACAUUUAGCUCCGCCCACUAAACUUUAAAUCCGUGUUAGCGCUUCCUGAGUGCAGACACACUGCUCCCAGUCUCUCCUUUUUAUUACUCUGUUAUUGCAGGCACUGCGGUCUAUCAGCUGAACUACGAAUUCUAUGGGUUUAAAGCCGAAUGGCACGAUCUGGCAAGAGACGAUAAGGAGUAAAUAAAUCGAAGGAUGUAUUCAAUAAACUGCAAAUUGUAGACUAGAAUUGAGAUCUGAACUGUACGAUUUAAUCUUAAAUAGCCAAGUUGUUAUAUAGAAGAAUUUGAAAUGUCUUCCGGAUCGGCCAAUUUUGGACUCUAUUUUGACACUUGACGAGUUUAAAAAACUAUAGUGAUUUAAAUAGCCUAAAAGACUAUCAUGAAAUAUAAAAUCGUUUUUAUUUUAUUUAAAUUGUCCGUAUGAUAGUUGUUAUUUGGCCCUGACAAAGUCCAGGAUAGUAGUGAAUUAAAAUCAGAAUUGCGGAAUUUAGGCAAAACUAGCCAAGCUGACAUUACAGUUGAGAAAUAAGUGUGUGUGAUAUUGUCAUUACAGUACGAUAUACUUCUCAUGGCCUGAGCUGAUUUUAUAGGCUGUUAUUCUAGUCCUUGGCAGAUCAGUACUCCAUGUGCACUCAAGAUAUGAAUAUGCAGUGACAUACAAUCAUGUAUAGGAGUAUUUAACAGGAGCAUGUUCAGUGGCUGUUUGUCUCCUCCUGUAGUGAUUUUUAAAACAGAAGUAAAAAGUUCCACGUCUUAUCCCAUUUACCAUCCUGCACUUUGCAUUCCUCUAAUCUAAGCAUGUACUCUAUCUUUGUAACUCUGGCUAAAGGUUACAUCAGAAAGCUACUGUGUUUUUCCACAAUAAGCUGGUCCUCUCUCUUCCUUCUAUACUUAUCCACACCUACCUUGCUUAACCCCCUCCCCCCCCCCCUUGACUCAAAGCAUGGCCAUGUAUCCUACAUAUGUCUGUGUGGUUUUUAUUUAUUUUUUGUGCAAACUAGCAAUGCAAUUUUUAUCUUGGUUAAUAUUGCACUUCUGUUUUAAUCCAUUGCAUACUCUGAAGUGUUCCCUGUGACUUAAGUCUUUCUUGCAGAGUUUUUCAUAUGUCAUUCUGAGAACAUGUAUUCCUAAAGCUAUAGUGCACCCAUGCACAAUAAUUUUUUUUUUUUUACUUUUUAUUCUAUCUACCAUGAAUACUUAAGUCAUAUGAAGUGGUCAUGGUGGUAGGAGUAUAUAUGUGCAGUAUUUCUGCUUGAAACACUACACUUACAGGAAUAUUCACUUUUAUACAUCCCCAGCACACGUCAUUGGCACCCCAGAACUCUGCUCUGGGCUACCAAUGUCAAUUUUGUGCAAAAAAACAAACUGUCAGAGUGCACUGUAUGAUGCAACAAUCUUACUCUUGCGUGCAGUGCACUAUUGCCUCCCACUUACAUUGCACUCCCUCUGAAGCACUUAUUUAUUUUCCAUUCCCUUGUGCAAAGAAUUGAGCAUGCAAAAGAGUACAGCAUAUUAAUGAGGCCAAAUCUAUCAAAUGUCUUAAAGUUGUAUUGGUGUCACUUAAAAUGAUGGCCCUCACCAUGCCAUUUUUCCUGGCUGAAAUAAUCAGUCUUGAUGAUCUCAGCCAAGCCAUUAUACAACUUCUAACUGUACAACAUACACUAGUACCUAUAGUGGAGCGCUAAAGAGCUAAAAAUAUGGGGAAUUACUAACCCACGUUUAUAACAGGCAUACACCAUAUGCAAUUCAGUACAUAAAAAAAAAAAUAUAUAUAAUGCAGAUGGUAAAUAUGUGUCAAUGAUUCAAUAGCGUAAAGUCAGACCACUCACAUGUAACGCAACCUAUAUACAUUGGCUCCGUAUAUCAGUCGGCUCUGCUCUUAGGGCAGCAUCACACCGAAAAAAAGACUGAUAUAUGGUGUAGUAUGUCAAUCAAAUCAAAAGACCAAUGUAAGAUGGAUGUUGGGCUCACCUUAUCUAGAGCCAAAAGUCCUGGCUCUAAGGUAUAUAAGCGUUUCCCAAAACAAAGAUUCCUGAGGCUGGAUAGGAUAUCCUAAAAUACUAAAAAAUUUUAUUAACAAAGUUAAAAACCGUAAAUUAAAAUACUGUCCCCACUGUGUUUGGUAAAUCCAAGAUCAGCCAAUACUCGUCUCUCUCUCCUCUGCGCUUCUUCAGUCUCAUAAUGUGGAUAGUAUUUUAUUUAAUUUAUUGUUUUUAACUUUUUUGUUAAUAAAGUUUAUAUUUUUAUUUUUUCUGCAUCCAUGCUCCCUCAGUGCUCCUUAACUUCCAUGUUUCCUGUAGCAUCACGGCAGCAUGACCUCCUCCUCUGGUAUGGUCCAGUGAUUCUCAUGGAGGAGCAUUGGGGACAUGAUGUGCAUGACGCAGCAUACUUUCUAGAUACCCCAAAGGAAAGUAAUGACUCAAUGCUUUCCUAUGGUGGGCUUCUGCGUCCCAAGACUCUUUUACUCUGUUAGUGCAGCAGAAGUGCCUCGGUGGCUGUCAGUGGAGAUAUUUAAUCCUUGCCGUUUUCUGCAAAACUCAGUGUUUUACCUUGAAGCUUUGAAUUGAAAGGGUCACUGCACCCAGACCACUUCAGUUAGAUGAAGGGGUCUGGGAGACAUCCGUGGUCCUUUUUAGCAUGAUAAAAUCUGCAGUAACUGUAGAAAUGUCCAGAUAAAGAUACAUUUGAAGCAAGUUUGCUGAGAUUUCUUGAGAACAGACUAGGAAGAUUCAAUUCUUCCUUGUGAUUGUUCAGUCUUUUAUAGUAGCAAUCACCAUGGAAAGUGUGGAAUGUUGGCAAGUGGCUUUCAUGAUUGCUCCACUUCUAAAAUGUUGCAUCAUUUUAUUUACCACAUUGAUCUGUGUAAAAUUUGCCUUCAAGACGCAUUCCUGGUUGGACUGGUUAACGAUGAUAAGUGUGUUUAUUUGGGGCAAAUCCUCUGGCCUGCACCUUCCCAUUUCAACUCCUGUUGUGCUGGGAGCCUUUCCUAAUCAAUCCUGUUCCUUACUUUCAAAUUGUAUGGCUAAGUUACUGAGUGUUUGUCCUAUGCAUAUGUUCUUUCCUCCAUACAGUUUACAGGGGGCAUACAUCACUUGACAAUUGUGAGUUGUUGUGGGGUUUUUUUUUUUUUUUGGGGUGUGGGGGGGGGUUAUUCAACAAAUAUACAAACCAAAUAAGUAAAGGAAAAACUUUGAAAAGUAUGUAAUAAAUGUUUAUAAACUUGGUCAGAUUGCAUUAUUGGGCACUCCUCUUGGCUAGGGGAGUUUCUUCAGACCCCCUCUUACCUACUCAUCUCGGUUUCAGACCGGUCUACUAAUGACAAACAGGGCAUCAUUGUGCAGCAGGAGAUAAACCAGACAUCUGAGCUUUCUCUGCUUCACCUCACUUACUAGGCUCUAUCUUCUCCCUUGAUCUUUCAACUGCACAUGUAUAAAUCAGGCCAAUGCUUUUUUCCAGCAUUUCUAGGGAUAGGACACUUGUCAGCUCAGUGCCCUCCCUUCCUCGGAGUGGGUGUCGAAUGCAUAAGAGAUGCGUUUUUGUUUUGUUUGUUUGUUUUUUUUUGUUUGUUUGUUUUAGCCUGUAGAUUGAGGCAACUGGCGCAUUCAAAUGAUACAGAUAUCUCAAAGUGAUGCAUGUCCCUUUUUUAACAGGGUUGCUUGAACAUGCAAAAUACGGAUAACAAACUUUAAAGGUAGGGAGGACUCGAGGCACGUGUCAGUUGACAUUUGUUGGCUCUCCUUGAACCAGUGUUUACUCAUUGUAUAUUUUGUUAAUGCCACAAACAAUACAUUUGAAAAAUGUUGCUAUUGGUUUGGGAGGCUGUGUUCACACUAUUUCUUACAGACCUUGCAGUGUUAUUUGAACAUUUUUGUGCAUACUUGGCUAUUACCUACUCCAAUGCACUUUCAAAACCUAACAUUGUCAUUUCAGCUAGUAGUAUUCAGAGAUUUUCUGGAAACCAUGUACAGAUUUGUUCUCGUCUCUUAAACGUCAUUAUUGUGACUAUCUUAUGGCUUGUUUGCUUUGUUUAAUUUUUUUUUUUUUUUUCUCUGUACUUCAUAACGUGUCACUGUUUUAUGCAUCAACUUCCUGUAUGUGACUAUGCAUGUGUAUUGUGUUGGCUCACACGUUUAUAGCAAGUAAAAAAAGCAAGUGUGUCUCAGGAUGUCUAUUUUACAAACUGAACUAAUUGUGUGUUUUAUUUAUUUUUUUUUGUCUUAAAAGUACACAAGGUUGUCUGCUUACAGAUCGUAGAAUUUUUUUUUUUAUUUUUUUUUUUUUCGUUCUUAUUCUCUGCAUUCCUUUGCUGAGUGUUAAUUACCUGAGGUGGAAUUUGUGCAGGUGAAUAUAACUGCUGUGUCAGACUUCAGAAGGCUUGCUUGUACACGUGAGUCGUGUCACACUCUCUUUGAGCUCUGGUUGGCGCGUGCGUGUGGGUUUUUUUUUUCUUUCUUUUUAUUCAGUCAUUCCCACUUCCUGUUGUAAUAAACAUAUUUUUGCUUCUUAUUUGACAGGAAAAAGAUCAACCAAACAGAGAUCCCAGGGGACCCAGUAUGUACAUACCUGUGUCUGAGGUAAUGUGGUUUUACUAGAGUGUCGGUGGAUUUGCUAACCGUGAUUGAAAUGUAUAUAUCUAGAUCUCCUAAACAUUUUAUAUUUUAGUUGGCAGGGGCGUACCUUGGUGACAACAUUGCCGCUGUGAUGGGUAUACAUCCAGAGUACUUGCAUAUCUUCUGGAAAACACAACAUCAGCUCCUACGAAUGGACGGUGCUCUCUCCCUUCCAGAAAGACACUAUGUGGCCAUAAUGGUGAGUUUUGGUCAUAGGUGUGUAAUGUAUUAUGCGGUUUUCUCAAAUUUUUUUUUUUUUUAACAAGCUAUGUCGUAGCGCUCCCCCAUUUCUUUUGUUGCAUUGUUUUGCCUUAUUCUCUCUCCUCCCCUUCCCCCCCCCCCCUUCUCUUGCUGCUCUCCUUUAAUUUAUGUACUCCAUUCUGUCUAAACUCUAGUUUUAAGGUAUUUUUGACCUGACCCCUUUCCACUUCCUUCUCAUCCAUCUCUUGGAUUGCACCGUUCUACGUCCCUAUUUGACAUGGCUAGAUAAGUUGACCCCCUUCAUCCAUUAUAAUAUGACUAGAUUUCCUUUUUUUUUUCUUUUUCACACUUUAUUUCUUUAUUUCAAAGUUUAUCAAGAGCACAGUACAGAGUCAAUAUUCCAAAUGUAGACAUUUGAAAUGCAUACAAUGUUAAGACUAAUACAAGAGAGAAACAAACACAUUGAUAAACUAGAGUCAGGCAAAAAGAUGCAUUUUUAUUCUGUACCAAUACACAAGCUGUCACUUAUUUAUUCACUUUUGCAAAACUAGAAGAUAACUAGAUAAUAUAACCAUUUAAAAGUAUGCUAGUAUGAGAGACUGAUCACAAUUGAUAUAAUAAGAACUAUGAUUGCAGCAGAGACCGCAAGUUAGUCUACUGCUUUGUUUCUUUAUGGAAGGUUAAUAAGUCAGACCAAAUAUCCAUGAACAUUUGAUAAUUACUGUGUAAAGAAAAAUGCAUCCACUUCACUUCAAAAAGUAGAAUCAAUUGAACUUUGAAUACAGUCCCUUACAGAACGUGUAUUAGCUCUCUUCCAAAUAUUUGAAAUAAUUGGUUCACAGAAGUUAAAUGUUUCAACAAGGAAAAGUUUAAUAUCCAGAGAGAAUGAACUGACUUAAGCUUUGUCUUUGUUUAGGCCUGUCCAGUUCUGUCACUGCCAGCACCCCUUCUCCUAAUUAUAUGGUUGUUUGUGUUUUGUUUUGUUUUUUGUUUUUUUUUGUUUUGUUUUUUUUGUUUUUUUCUUAAAACUGUUUUUGGCCUUACAUGUUAUGAUUCUACCCUCUCAAAACUUGGAUAAUGCAAUUUUUCACUCUAAACUUUUUCUCAUUCACUCUCAAUUUUGUUCUUUGGCAGGCUGCUGCUCGGCACCAAUGUAUUUAUCUGGUGUCGCUCCACUCCUCCUGUUUUCUGCAGGUUGGAGGAGAUCCCCGUUGGUUGGAGGGCAUUCAACAGGCACCUAUUAAACUGCGUGUACUGAAUGACCUGAACAAGUUCCUUGCACACAGGCCGUGGAUGCUGGCCAAAGAACAUAUAGCAGUAAGUUGGGCAAAUGUGAUUCUCCUUAUGAGGAGAGAAGUAUGAGCAUGGAGCCAAUAUCUGAAGAGAUGUUGAAGGAUGGUUGGGAGAAAAUUAUUUUAUGUGAUUGUCAAAGAUCUAUUGCUGUGUAUUAGGAAAGUGUUAUUUAAAGUGUACCAGUGGUGGCUCAUGAAUUUUUAAAGAUGGUAGUGCUAGACUCUGACCUAAUCCCAUGUACUCAACUCCUGACCAAACGGGCCUUAUUUUACACACAUAGACAUUGACAUAGCUGGGAAAACAUGUACUUUAGCGUUUUGACUCUAUUUUCCUAUGCUUUUCCAAAAUAACAGCCCUAGAAGACAUGGUAAUAUGGUGACCUGUCUUUUAGCACAUUCAGGAUGCAAAUACAGUGGGUGUUGUCAAAAAUCAUGUUCAUCCUUGGCAUGUCCAUCUAUACCCAAACAAUUGUAUAGUAUAAAAUAUACGGAUAUCAAACAUACCCAUUUGUCCUUGAAAAUACUAGUAAAUGUAGAAACCUCCUCCUCCACAUGUGGUCCAUCCUCUACCUGCCAGUUGAUUAUCUGCACUGUUCUUUGUCAAUAGCAUAGAGAUCUGUGCUAAACAAUGAGUGGACCGUCUUCUGAUCACUGUACCAAAAGAAAACCAAAAACAGGCCUUGCCCUAUACAAAAUAAGUCACAAAUCAUGUUCAUCCUUGGACAGAAGACCAUGUCCAAAGUGCUUUAAAGGUAUUUACAUUUGUAGACCUGACAGAGUACGGCCAGGUAGGGUAUCAGUCAGCCUGGUUUUCAUACACACCUGGUUGAAAUACCACUUGCUUCUGUAGCCCUAUACCUUAGUCCUGACACUGUAGUCCUAAUUUAAUACUUAAUGUUGGGAGGUGUUCUGGACUAAUAUUGGAAUGGCGUGAUUUGUAGUUGUUCUAGCGGUAGGAUUGCCAUGCUUGUAAACCUUUCCCCAACCUAGGCCGAUCAUAUUGUAGAGGUGCAAGGGGAAGGUGGGUCCAGAGACUUUGUAUUGGAGUAGUGCAACACCAACAGUCCUCCAAUCCUGGUGCUGCUAUAAUGAAAUCUUGAAGGUAAUAAAGACUGUUAUGGCUUUUAAAGAAAAUGUAAUUUUAUCAUUUUGAAAAGUUGCUUCCAAAGGAAAAUAUAUGAACCUGUUUAGCUAAACCUGGUAUGACAGAUCUACUUGUAAAUGUGUCCUUCUCUUGAUAUCUGCGUCUUCAUGUGGCGAAUAAAGCCUAAAUAAACAGUCAAGGAAAAUAAGACAAACCUAACACUUCUAAACAACUCUUCUACCCCCAGUUGCUUCUGCGCCCUUGUGGAGGUAACUCCUGGUCUCUAGCUGAAUUGAUCCAUGCAAUUGUUCUGCUAACUCACUUUCAUGCACUAUCUUCUUUCAUCAUGGGCUGUGGUAUCCGGACCCCACAGAGUCAGCUGAGUAAUUCCAGGCCUCCAUCUCCUGUUGAAUCCAAUGAGGUGAGUGGAUGCAUCCCUUCUAUGAGCUCUCCUUCUCAAUUAAGCUAAUUUUCUACACUGUGUACAUUUAAUAAAUAACUACCGUAUUUCCUCUUCUGAGUUGUGGGCUAGUAUUUUCUUUGCCAGUGUCUUGUAAUAAUGAUCUGUACAUGUGUACAACUUUUUUUUUUUUUAAUGUAUGUGUAUAUAUGUGUGUGUGUGUGUGUGUGUAUGUAUAUAUAUAUAUAUAUAUAUAUAAUGUGUGUGUAUAUCUAUAUCUCAAAAUGCACUCACAGGUCUUCUGGUUAAUAGGAAAACUGGUGCUUUAAUAAAUCAUCUGUGAUGUACAAAAAAAAUCAAUCGACGUUUCAACCCUGCCGGGUCUUUUUCAAGAUCCGUAGACCUAAUCUUUGUGCCAAGUUUUACUUGGUUUGAUUUAUUAUUUCUUAGUAGCAUGUACAUGUAAAACCUUCAUAUAUUCCUUGUCUUCUGAGCUGGGUGUGUAAAAUUGAUCUCCCUCAAAGUGGAAGGGAUAUUAUUAAAAAUAGUGGUGGUCACAGAGUUCUCAUACUUCUUCCUAGCCAGAUGGCAACAUUACUUAAAGCAGUGAGUUGCAAAAUAUAUUCCAAGAAACCCUACCGCCCGAAUUCUUAGCAGCACACAUUAUAACCCUACCCAAACCGGGUAAACCACCGACGGUCUGCCCAAAUUUUAGACCUAUCUCCCUACUAAACGCCGACGCCAAGCUAUACGCUAAAAUAUACGCGGCUAGGCUCAAAACACUCCUGCCCAGCUUGAUGUCGACAGACCAAGUGGGAUUCGUGGCAGGCAGACAAGGCCCAGACAACUCCCAGAAAGUAUUGGAUAUACUUCAUUACCUUAACCGCUCCACACUACAGAGCACACUCCUCUCCCUGGACGCUGAGAAGGCAUUUGACCGUCUCAAUUGGCAAUUCCUACAUGAGGUGCUGUCGAGAUACGGGUUCCCACCGGACUUCCAAAACAUAAGAGCCUUGUACAGCACCCCAUCGGCCACGGUUCUAAAUUCAGUGUUCAGUUCUGCCCCCUUUACAAUAACAAACGGCACCAGGCAAGGCUGCCCCUUAUCCCCCUUGCUAUACGUGCUAGCGCUGGAACUACUAGCGAUAGCCAUCAGAAACAACCAAAACAUUAAAGGGGUAACCAUAGGCGACAGGGAGUACACACUUAACCUUUUUGCGGACGACAUACUCCUCACAAUAACCAAUCCGACAAUUUUGCUCCCCAACCUCCACAAAGAAAUAACAAUACAGUACACACUCAUAUUACCAGCUGAACCUAACCAAAACACAUGCCCAAAUCGGAGGAGGAACGUUUCAAACACAACUUCAACUAUGACUGGAGGAACGACUACUUGACAUUCUUAGGCAUUAAGCUAACGAAACACCAUUCGAGCUUAUCCGCCACCAACUAUAUCAAGCUCCUCAAAGAAGUGGAGCAAACGCUACACUCAUGGCAAAACAAGUUCCUCUCAUGGCUAGGCCGCAUAGCGGCCAUCAAAAUGACGAUUCUACCAAAAAUCCUCUAUGUUCCGCUCCCUACAAAUCCCCAUACAAAAGACGUACAUCCAAAGACUACAAUCGCUCCUGAUCAGAUUUAGCUGGGGAGGAAAACACCCUAGAGUCCCUCGAGCUUUAUUAAUGAGACACCCGGAAAAGGGAGGUCUGGGAUUCCCUGACCUUAGGGCAUACUACCAUGCAACACACAUCGCCAACAUGUUCCAAAUGCACUCCACCACAUACACCCCCCAGUGGAUCUCCAUUGAAGCCAGCUGCGGAGGACAAACAGACCUUGCAGCUGCUAUGUGGAUGCCUAAGAAACUGCGCAACGUUCCCCGAGACACCCUACCCACCACAAAACUACUAUACAACAUAUGGGACAACCACAGGUCCGCAUUUUGCUCAGCCACACCGUGGUCGAUGGCAACACCACUAAAAACAACUGCACUCCAUAACACAUUCCCUUACAGAACAUGGCAAGCCCACAACAUCACACACCUACACCAAAUCUGCACUGAAAAAGGCCCACUCCCGUUCUUAACACUGCAGACCAAAUACAAUAUCCCAGCCAAACUAACAUUCUCACAUUGGCAACUGAAAACACUCCUAGACAGCACUACGGGCAACGUACCACCACCCCGAUUUGACCCCAUCCUCACACCAUUCGAAAAAAUGUGCCUUCACCUCACCCCCACCCAAAAAACAUUAUCAGUGUGUUACAGACACAUAAGCCUCACACAAGCUGCUAUAUAGGUGGUACAUGGUACCUACGAGACUUAAGAGAAUCUACCCUAACAUGAGUGACAAAUACUGGAGAUGUCAGACCCAAACAGGGACCAUGCUACACAUUUGGUGGUCAUGUACCCAGGUCCAACCGUACUGGUCACGAAUAGCAGAGAUAAUAAGAGGGGGCCACAGGAUGCAUCCUCGAACACAACGCUGAAACAUUCUUGCUCAAACUUCUGCCUGCCAACAUACCCCACAGUAUAACUAAACUGAUGUUCCUCACACUCACCUCAGCGUCCACCUUACUGGCAAAACACUGGAAAACCCCCCAGAUCCCCUCCAUGGCAGAGGUGACAGCAAUGGUCACUACCACCCUGGACUAUGAGGUGAUCUUAUGGAACCAAACAAAAAUAGGCAAAGGGAGUGAUACAGUGAAAAAGAUUUGGACCACAUACAUAGAGAAGAAAACCCUCCAAGCUGCAGCUAGGGGCACUGCCAACACUGAUACAACUACGUAACAAUAGAACCUUGAUGGUUCAUAGCAGCCACACAAGACACAUUAGUUAUCCCAGUUAUUUCCCCCCCCUGUUUCACCCUGCCUCUCUCCUCCUCCUCUCAUACCUGGGCCCGUUCAGGGGUACACACCUGAGGAACAACCCCAGAUAGCCUGAGAAGGCGAACGAUAAUAAGAAAACACACACCAUAGACAAUCAGACAGGCCAGCCAGCGGCGAUCGAAUUAGCCCGCAAGGGAAAGGUGGCCUGAUAACUCAUAGCCCUCCACAACGGAGGCCUUUUCCCCCUCAGACGGGCAUACUACAUGUGUCUCUUUUGAGGGGAUAAGCACACCCUGCUCGCCACCAUAGGAAGGCCCACAUAUAGGGGCAACAAGUAACACUCCUCCUUUCACAGAAGAUGCGCAGGGCCGUGUACAAUAACCCGCUCUACCUACUGUAAAACCCAUAUGUAAACGAAAGGAAGCACAAUCAGUACUACACAUUGUAAGCAAAUAGAAAUGUCGGGUAUUGUACAAAUGCUGUUAAAUGGUAUGAUCAACUGUAAUGUCAAACCUAACGGGAUUUAAAUGCACCCCCCUGAACCCCCCCUUUUCCUUUCUGUACCCCUCUGAACCUUUGUCUUCCGACAAAAAUAAAAAUUGUCAAAUUGAAAAAAAAUAUAUAUUCCAAGACUAUUGAUUUAUGAAUGUGCAGAGAUAAUUUCCUUUUAUUUAGUAAGCGUCAGUAUAAACCUCUUAUUGCAAAUUGCAUGAUGUUUAGAGAACCCUGUGCCUUGUCUCCUUUUUAGUUCAAACUGCAGCUCCAAUCAUCCUAUUCGAACUAGAGGGGGGAAAUAAACUAAAACUAUAGACAGAAGACCAGAAUAAUUGUAGUUUAAUUUCUUCUUUUACAAUGUGUUGCUUAACCCCUUAAGGACCAAACUUCUGGAAUAAAAGGGAAUCAUGACAUGUCACACACGUCAUGUGUCCUUAAGGGGUUAAUGCAUUAAAACAUGGUAUUACCCAGAAAACUAUUUUGAUGCCACAUUCAAAUGAUCUCAAAACAGUUUUAGUUAUUGCGAGUAAAUAUGUAUGUCUUGUUAGGUCUGUUGCCUAGAUCAAUGUGUGUAAAAUGUGUCCAACUUUUGCUUACAUACAGACACUCAACAGUGCUGAAGAAGCAGAGCGUGUCGUAGCUGAAAUGCUGAAACUAAAUGAGGAAGGAGAAGAAGCCACUCGCGAGGAAAUGGAAACUAGAUUUGAAAAGGAAAAGAUUGAGAGUGUCAUGGUGACUGCCAAUGGUAUGUAGUGUGUGUAUGUAUUAUUCACAAAAUCAAAUUGUAUAAUUUUGUUUAUAUAACACAAUCAUUCAGGAUUUCUUUUCUUCCCCAUUACAAAUUCGUGAAUAGUUUGAGGGAAAAGACUAUAUUGGUGGUGUCCCAUUUAUAGUUCCCUGGGAUUUUUAACUUGAUGGCACACCAUCUUGACAUUCUAUAGUAGUUAAUAUUGCUUGUAUUAAAUGGAGUGACAAUUACUAUACUAUACUCUUAAGUGCCCAAAUUAUUUCAUUUUUAUUUGGCAAUGCAUUCUUCUACCAGAAAGCUACCUCAUUGACUCAUUCUUCAAAUGUGGUGUAAUAUUGGUCAUAAUUAUAUAAAAGCACUAUAACCACUACAACCUGCCACUAAUGUUUGUGGUGCCGUUCCUGGGUAAUUAGUCAAACUAUUGAAAAUUGUUCAGCAGUUUAACUGUGGUCUGCCGGUUGCUGCCUAUGCUGGCAGCUUUGGGCUGAUAGUGCAGGUAUUGGCUCAUUAGCUGAGAGAAAUACGCAUUCUCAGCCAGGUAGCCAGUUCUACAUGCAUCUAGGUGACCUCUAGUAAACUGUAAAAUGCUUUACCCUCUCCCCUUGAAAAGACACCAGGUCACUAUGGCACUGUAACAGCAAAAGAAGGCUAAAAUUAUUAUUUUUUUUUGUUUUUUUUUUUUUUGUUCGGUAAAGGGAUUUGUUUUUUUGAUACCACCACCCACUCCCUGUAUUAGUUCAUACCAUUUCUGAAAUGGGUUGUAUGUCAAGUCUUUACCAAAAUCCAUAUAGAGAGCAUCUUCUGCCACUUUAUAAAAGCAAGUAUAGAAAAUUGCAGUCUAGUAACUUUUCUGCUUUGCAUCCUUAACAUUUAGGUUUUAUAACUAAAAAUUCAAAGCUUUGUAAUGGGGUUUGUUUUACUGUGUAAGCCUCUGUGUAGCUCUAAUAUAUCUGCUUUGACUAACAGGUCGUAUCACACAGUGCUUCUUCUCUCCUGCUAUAUACCGCUUCCUGGAACACCCGGAAUUUGGAUACAUUGAUUUCACCAGACGUGGAGAGCAGGCUCCUCCUACUUUCCGUGCUCAUGUAAGUCCUAUAAGCUUAAAUCAAACAUUAUUCUGGUUAAUGCUUUAUUUUUGUAAAAAUUAAAUGUAUGGGUUUUUUUCACUUAGGAAUUCACAUGGGACUGCCAUGGGUAUUCGCUCAUGCAUGGAUUAUACUCUGAGAUUGGACAACUGCUGGAUGAAAAAUUCCAAGUGUCAUACAACUUGACCUAUCACACCAUUGCUACUCAUCAGGGUGUGGACACCUCUAGACUACGUCGAGCUAUCUGGAACUAUAUCCAGUGCAUCUAUGGCAUUAGGUAAUAUAUGAUUAGAAUCUGAUAAAUGGAUUAUGUUGGUUACUUUCUGUCACGGUUUUCAUUUUCAACAAGCACAAUUUUCACAUGUGACUCAGUAGGGUUAACAUUGAUUAAUUCAUCCAAAUAGUUUAACAAUUUCCACCAACAGAGAUUGCUUUAAUAAAUAUUCUGAUUAUUGUGUCUAAAAUAUGCUUCUCGAAACUUAAAAUCUGUCUCUCACCGGCCUCAAAUGUCCAACUUACUUUUCAUUCUGGUCCAGUGCAUGAGUAUGGAAAAUGUUGGGUUUGUCUUAUUCCUGGCUACAUUUUUUUUUUUCAGAUUCAAAGUUUUUUAUUUUCAUAGGUUCAAUAGAUCAGGGGGGGUACAGAAAGGAAAAAGGUAGAGGGGUAUGUGCAGAAUUGCGCAAUGAUAUAGUACAAUACAAUGCAGUACAGUGUGUUACAAUACAGUACGUUACAGUACAAACGGGCGUAGCUAAUUCUAGGCGACAGUGGUAAUUCAAAUUAGGAGCAAAGCCUCAGCGUCAUAAUGGUAGUAUGGUGAUAUUCUGGGUGUAAGGGGCAUUCCCUGUAGGGCUCAGUAUUACAGCCGCGGCUGCGUUAUGGUGCAUGCUAAUAGUAAUGGGGUGCUGUAAGUAUAAUGAGGCUUGUUGUCUGGUUGGAUAGGUUAGCUCAUCUGGUGUGAGGAGUAUCGUAUAGUGGUACAGUACAAUACAGGGUAGCCCAACGUACCACGAUGUAGAGCAAUGUGUUACAAUAUAGUGCGUUGCAGUACAUGCGGGCAUAGUCAGGUCCGUGCAGCAUUGGCGUCUCUGAUUAGAGACAGUACCUUAAUUUCAUGUUGGUAGAGUGGUGAUGUUGCAGGUAAUGGAGCCACUAUGUGCAAGUGUUGAUACUAUUCCGGUGGGUACGUUAUGACGUAUACUGGCAGUAAUGUAGCGUUAUCGGGAUGGUGAGGCUUGCUAUCUGGUUGGAUACUUUGACUUAUCGAACGUGAGGGGUAUCGCCCAGAGAUAUUAUACAUUACAAUACAGUACAACGUAUUACAGUGCAGAGCAAAAUUUAACCAUACAGCGUGUUGCAUUGCAUGCGGGCACAGUCAGGUCUAUGCCUCGUAGGCAUUUCCAAUCAGAAACGAAACCUUAGUAUCACAUUGGUGAGAUAGAGUUGUUGCAAGCAGUGGUAGCAUUCAGAUCAAGGAGCAAAGCCAAAGCAGCGGAUACGCUGUGCCAUAUAUCCUGGUAAUACAGCGUUAUAGAUGCAGUAUGACUCAUUGUUUGAGUAGGUAAUGUGCGUAUAUGGCUUGGUAUUUAUCUCUGUCUGUGUUGGUACCGUUUAGUUCCCUGGUAGUCGUGUUGCCUAGUUUGAACGGUGUGUGUCAGCUAUGUUGUCGUAUAAUUCUACAGGCGUAGGAUUUAUUUAGUGUUGGAUUGGUCUUCCCAAAGGUCCGUCCAUGAUGCCCAAGAGGCCAGAAAGGCCUGUUUUUGUGAGGCAGUGCUUGUGGACAUAUAUUCGUAAGUGUAGUAUUGGUGUAUUUUGGUGAGGAGUUGGGAUUUGGAGGGGCAUUGGGUGCAUUUCCACUGGGUUGCGAUGAGAUUUCUCACUGCUAAGGCAGUGAGAGCCAUUUUGCAUUUGAUAUGUUUUGGGGUUAGUUUCGGGUAUAGGAGGAACAGUCCCGUGUGUAUGUUCAAGGGGGGUGUCUGGAUGUCCAUGGAUUUUAGGACAGUUUGUGCCACCUUCCAUAUGGGCCUGAUUCGUGGGCAUCUCCACCAUAUGUGCAUCAUCGUGCCCGUCGCCUCAUUGCAUCUCCAUCCUGGCUACAUUUUUAAUGUUGGAAUGUAAUAUUUCUAGGUAUGAUGAUUAUGAUUAUGGUGAAGUAAAUCAUCUACUGGAACGGAGUUUGAAGGUUUACAUGAAGACUGUGACUUGUCAUCCAGAAAGAGUAACACACCAACUCUACAAGGAUUUCUGGAGGCAAUUCAAGCACUCUGAAAAGGUAAAUAUUUGAACAUAUUUAUUAACCCCUUAAGGCCACGUGAUGGAAAUAUUCUGUCAUGAUUCCCUUUUAUUCCAGAAGUUAUGUCAGUGAGGGGUUAGAGGGUUUUAGGACUUCAAUAUAACCAUAUUCACUCUCCAUAUGUGAUACUGAAACAUUAUGUAUGGCAAAUAGUAUCUCCUGCUUGUGGUCAUAAUUUUACCUAGUCUGUACUCCCCAGAACAAGCAUGUGUUAAUGGCAUGCUCCUAAAGUGCAUUGUAUCUGUAGGUAUAGUUAUCAUACACUCGUUAUGAAACUAUCUGCGGCUGGAUUAAUGUUUAAUAAAUAAAGUGUUUGCAUUUGAAUCCUAUAAAUCAAAUUGCUGGUAUAGAAUGUUUUAAUAAAUUGGCUCUUUAGAGUUGAUAGGUGGUAACAGUUAUGAUUGAUACAAUAUUGAAAGCAGCUGCUCACGACAAAUUUGUGGUUUUUAUAUCUCCUGCAGGUUCACUUGAAUUUUCUGCUUUUAGAAGCUAAAUUGCAAGCUGCUCUGCUGUAUGUUCUCAGGGCCAUAUCCUCCUGCAAGACAUGAACUUGAAUUGGCACAUGGGGACGGAACAUUUCAGGAUUAAUGUCUGGACUAGGGUUGCCAUUGAAUCUGUUUCUGUUGUCUAUUUGCACUGAUAUUGAAGAACUUUGCCCUUUUCUCUCAAAGUGGAGAUGUUACUCUAUUCUGUAGUUGGAGAUUUUUUUUUUUUUAUUUUUUUUCUUCCACUUUCUCCCUUUGCGGUUUAUAUGUAGCAAUAUGCAACCACAAGCUAGAUCUACUUUUGUGGGGGUAUUUAUUUAUUUUUUUAUAUAUCUAAUUAGUUUUUUUUUCAUAAAGCAAAAUUGCACCUGUUCUUUGCACACUACAAUGCAGUACUAUAAACACUGGUGUUACUGUGCAUCCGUUUGUGUAUCUCUCUCUUUGCGCAAUAUGUUCAGCUUGUAUUCAGUGAAGUAUUUAACAGAUAUUUACACAGCCUUGAAAUCUACCUUAAUUUUUUAUUUAUUUUUUCAUAUUUUUAAUGUCGUCUGUCAGUAAGGGCUCUGUUAUUUUGCACAAAGUGGGGGGAAAGAUUGACACCUUCACUUUUACAUGAAGUGAAGUGCAGUAUUACUACACAUAGGGUGAUUGAUAAAAAAUACCUUAUUUGUCUACCUCUUGUUUAUAGGCACCUUUUUAAAAUAUGUUCAGAAUAUUUUAUACUGUGAAAGAGUUUGUAAUGUUAUUGGCCUUUUUGAAUGUACUAAUUGCAGGGUCUAUGGAGAGGGUCACUAAAAUUCUCCUAAUUCAUGUGCUGUUUUGUCCAACAUUGUUACAGAUUUUUUUUGUCUGUGUGGG